GUUCCAAGUAGCACGGGCUAUGGUGAGCCCGUAGUGGACUUACCUGGCACAGGAGAGGGGCAAGUAGCACGGGCUAUGGUGAGCCUGUUUGUUGCUGCUAGAUGAAUAGAGCAUUUAUUUGAAGGGAAGCGGGCCCCUGCAGACGUCUCACCUCGCCGGAAAUCCAACUCUGGUCCAAAUGGUUGAAAUGACUGUGCUACCUACGUACUUCGUCACAUAGGAGAUGCAAGCUCAUGCUUUGCGAGAACCGUAAACAUCACUAGACUUCAACCAGAUUAGUCAACACCAUUGUUAUAUGGUUAUGGCAUGUUCCCUCGCAGCGUACAUGUGCCCAGUUGAAUAGUCAACCCAAGGACUCCAGCCUGGAGCAGCAGUGGCGCCUUGCCUUCUGGAAGUAGGGUAUCGCAGCUUCUCACUCAAAACUGCACCAGUAGUAUCAAUGUUUGUAUAAGUUGAUGAGGGCUUCACAGUGCGAUGUCAGCAUCACGUGUUAUUGCUUAUUGAGCAGCGACACGACGGAUCGUGGAAUCGGACGCACCCAAACGUAUUAGUCAGCUCUCUGUUUCUCAGCGCGGACAGUGGCGAGGCUCGUCAGUCCAGUCUGGUGGAGACAAGCGUCCUUGUUCAGUUGGUGGUGGAAGUAACAGCGGCAACUGAGAGAAGAUGGUAGCGUAUGGGCGUGUGUGUCGCGUGGUGGCGACGGUGGUGGGCGUGCUGCUGGGCGUGGCCACUCUACUCAUUCUGGUUGCUAUCAUAAGGGCGGCCACACUGGAGGAGAUGGACUACCAGGAGUACGGUGUGGACCCCGGGGUGAGGGAGGAGCUGCCUGAGGCCUACCUGGCGACGCUGCCGGAGUUGAUGGCCCGCGCCUUGUCCAUCCCUACCGUGUCUCUUGAUCGCGGCGACUACGAUACCGAAGAAAUGCUACGCUUUCACCAGUUCCUUCGAGACAGUUUCCCGGAUGUGUUCAACAAGUCGUACAUCAAGGUGGAGGUCGUCAACACCUACAGCCUCCUCUUCACCGUCACCGGCGGGUCACCGGAGCUGAAGCCAUACCUGCUGAUGGGUCACAUUGACGUAGUGCCCGUGGACGAGGACAAGUGGACACAUGACCCGUGGGGCGGCCUCAUCCUCCCGGACCCCGUCACCGGGACCAAGUAUAUCUGGGGCAGAGGCGCCAUCGAUAACAAACUGGGGGUUAUGGGGAUCAUAAUGGCGCUGCAGUACUUGGCCAAGAGUGACUUCCAGCCCGCACGCUCCUUCUUCGUCGCCUUCGGUCACGAUGAAGAGGUGCGGGGUCGUGACGGCGCUGGCCACAUCGCCAGGCUGCUGCAGGGACGCGGAGUGCAGCUCGACUUCGUGCUGGACGAAGGCAUGCCAGUGCUUGAUAAAGUCAUCCCAGGGAUCCCAGUUCCCACCGCCAUGAUCGGCGUGACGGAGAAGGGCUACCUGACGCUGAAGAUGGAAGUGGAGGGCGAGGGCGGGCAUUCGUCGAUGCCGCCUAGAGACGCUGCCGUCACCCGUCUCGCCUCUGCCGUCUAUAACCUGGGCCACUAUAGACAUCCCUCCAUGUUCGGCAGAGGGCCCGCCUUCGACCUCUUCACCUACUUGGCUCCCAAGGCGUCGUGGCCGCACAAGAUGAUCUACGCCAACUUGUGGCUCUUCAAGCCCCUGAUGGAGGCCAUCAUGUCGAGGAAGCGGGACUCGGACGCCACCAUCCGCACUACCACCUCCGUCACCAUCGUCCGCGCCGGUGUUAAGGAGAACGUGGUGCCAGUAUCAGCCAGCGCCAUCAUUAAUCAUCGCAUCCACCCGGCCCAAAGCUUAGAGGAAGUCAUCGACUACGACCACCAUAUCAUCAACGACCCCUCUGUUAAGCUGACUGUGCAGGAUUACUUGGAGGCGCACCCGGUGUCACCGUACGGGCCAGAGGUAGCGGGCUGGCGCCUCAUCACCGCCGCCAUCCACCACCACUUCCCGUCAGCCAUCACAGCACCAGGUCUGCUGGUGGGCAACACAGACACCCGCUACUACCUCAACAUGACCUCCGACAUCUACCGCUUCGUGCCCCUCCUCAUGACCGCCCAGGAUCUGGUCACUAUCCAUGGCCACGACGAGCGCAUCUCCGAGGCUUCCAUUGGCGUGGCCGCCAGCUUCUACUACCACCUUAUCUUGUCGGCCAACAGAGAGGUGCCGCCGCUCCACACCCAGCCAGGUCACCGCUCUGGCGAACUCUAACCUGCCACAGCCUAGGCCAGAGUGAAGAAAAAUGUGGGUUUUGUUCCUUAAUUUAUUCUGACCUUAUGGAGAGUGACCAGCAGCCAGACGUCCUCAGCAGCCAGACGCCUUCAGCAGCCAGACGCCUUCAGCAGCCAGACGCCUUCAGCAGCCAGACGCCUUCAGCAGCCAGACGCCUUCAGCAGCCAGACGCCUUCAGCAGCCAGACGCCCUCAGCAGCCAGACGCCCUCAGCAGCCAGACGCCCUCAGCAGCCAGACGCCCUCAGCAGCCAGACGCCCUCAGCAGCCAGACGCCCUCAGCAGCCAGACGCCCUCAGCAGCCAGACGCCCUUAGCAGCUAGACGCCUUUAGCAGCCAGACGUCCGUGGCAGCUAGACGCCCUCACCAGCCACCCGCCCACCAUGUCUACAGUGGGAGGAAUUCCAGCUUACAACUAAGACGUCCUCUCUCUCCCUUGCUCCGUAACCUGUAAGCGACGUCACCAUGAUAAACAUUGCUGACCUCUCCGCAGUGUAAUCCUCAGACAAUACAAUGGAAAUAUGAAAAUUAUUAUUAAUUUUAAAGUAUGGAUGGAAAAUGAGUUAACAUUAACUUUAUUUUGUAAGAAAUCUAAGAAUACAAGAAACUGCAAAAUGUGUGGUGACAAACGCAGCCACUCCCAGCCUCCCCCCUUGCGUGUUGGUGAAACUCUCCUGUGAAUUUGGCUUCUAUUAUUAUUAGUGCAUAGUUUGCCGAUAUUAAGCAAACUUCGUCUAACCCAGUUUUCAUCUUUUUUCGUUAGUCAAGAUACAUUUUGAUUCGCCUGCACAUCCUGGGGGGGUUUUUACUCGAUUUUGGGCCGAUCUCUGAACCUGAUGCGGUCACCCCACCUCCAUGAACACACAAGAUUCUAGUCCUGGUGUGCAGUAGGCUUGACGUUCAGUAGGCCUGUGCAAGGCCAGAGUCCUGGGAGUCAGGUGGACGUCUUGGUAGCACCGGAACCUAUGUUCCGGGCACCUUCUGAGGUUGCCCAGAAAAGGGAGAUUUGUUACAAAUAAUUUGAAUAUAUUGUUUCGUAUUAUA